UAAGGCACUCCUCCUAGCCCGAUUAUAAACCCUAGAGUGCACAUUUCCAAAACCCUGAUCAAGCUUCUCUGAAACCCUAAUAUCAAAAUCCUGACGACAAACCCUGAUAAUGAGCAGUACACGCUUCAAAUUUGAUAAAUUCCUUACGGUGUCAUAACGCAGAAUUGCUGCAGAUCUAUGUCUGGACAGUAACCGAACUUGUCAAAGCUCAUCUGAUUUUACUCGAGUCGACCAAGCCUAACCAAAGGCUUCAAUUUUAAGCCAGAGGAGUUCUCUUAAAAUGGCGCAUAGAAAGAGGGAGACACCAGGCAAGACACCCAAGAACAAAUCCGGCAAGCUUAAAAUAGUUGAAGAGGAAGAAAUAGCGCAGGAAUCAACACAAUAUGCAGGAGAAGAUGCGAUGCAAAUUUCGCCAGAGAUAGAACGCAAUAGGUGCGCCGAUCAAAAUGGUGCAGAGAAAGCAGAGGUCGAUCAGAAAGUUGCAGGGGCGGCAGAGGCUAAUGAUGUAAAUAGAGAGGAAACAUCCAUGGAGCCAAAAAGCCCAGAGAAAAUGGUGUCCGCCAAGAAAAAUCGCAAGAAAAAUGCUGCUAAAUUAGUGGACGGUGCGAAAAUUGCCGGGAGUUUAGCGGCCGAGACAGUAGAUAUCGAUAAAUUAGCCGCUGAGCCGAAAAGUGAUCUCAUUGUAGCUACCGAGUCGAAAAAUGAAGAGAUCGUAGCUGACAAGCCAAAAAGUGAAGAGAAUGUACAAGGGGAGCAAAAAAAUGAGGAGAUUGUAGAUUCCAAGCAGACAAUUGUAAAAUCCGAGCAGAAAGGUGUACAGAACUCGAAGUUCGAGAUGAAAAGUCCACAGAAGGAGAAGGAUGAGCAGAAAGUUUUAGGUGAUACGAAGGCCGAUGAAGCAAAUACGGAGAAAUUGGAGCGGCAGCCGAAUAAAUCAGAGAAAGUUGAAUCAGAGCAGAAAGAUUUGCACACGAGGCAGAAAACUACGGGUGAGGUAGAAGGGGAUGCUGCGAUGAACAAUGUUGACAAAUUAGAGGUAGGGUAUGCAAGUACAACAAAGAAUGAUCGUCAGCAGGAAAAUGGCAUGAGAAAGACACAAUUGAAGAAGUUGCGGAAGCUCCAAGGCUUAGAAUAUUGGGGGAAAACAGAGGCAGAGGAGAAAAGUGCUGCUAUGGUGGAAGAGAACCAUUCGAAGAAAGUAGACGAAGAUACCAUGUCGGAGAAAGUAGAAGUCGAGGCGAAAAAUUCAGACAAGGUUGGGCCUGAGAAGAAAAGCGUCGAGGGAGUUAAGAGUGAGGUCGUUAGGCAAGUAGAGGCUGAGCAUAAAUAUGCAGGGACAGUAGAAGGAGAGGUCGUUACUCCAGCAGAGUCUCAGAAGAAAAGUACGGAAAAUGUAGAAGCUCAGGAGAAUAAUAGCAUAUGUAAAAAGCAGAUGAAGAAGCUGGUAAGGCUCGAAGCAAAGCAGAGUAGGGAGAAAGCAGAAGCUGAGAAGGAAAGUACUGUUAGAGCCGUAACAGAAGACAAGAAUAUGGAGAAAAAUGCUGAUGCGAAAAAUUCAGAGAAGGCUCGACCUGAGAAGAAAACAAUAGAGAUGGCUGGCUCUGGCUCUGAGAAGAAAAAAUUUGAGGGAGUGAAGGGAGAGGUCAUUAGGCCAGUAGAGGCUGAACGGAAAAGUUCAGAAAAUGGAGAUGCUCAGCAGAACAAUGGCCUGACAAAGAGACAGCGGAAGAGGUUGAGGCAACUGGAGGAGUUUAAAACCUUAGAGAAAGCAGAGAUGAAGGAGGAUGAUAGUCUGAGUGGGCAACUGAAUUGGAUGUUCAAGAAAAUGGAACACGAUAAGAAAAUAGGAGUCAAGUCUAAAAAUGCAGACAAGGCUGAGUCUGAGAAGAAUAGCGUAGAGGGAGUUAAGAGCGAGGUCGUUAAGCAAGUAAAGGCUGAGGAUGAACAUGCAGAGGCAGUACCAGCAGAGACUGAGCAGAAAAGUACAGAAAUGGUAGAUGCUCAGCAGAAUAAUAGCAUAAGUAAAAAACAAACGAAGAAGCUGGUAACGCUCGAAGUAGAAAAGAGUAGGGAGAAAGCAGAAGCUGAGAAGAAAAGUACUGUUAUAGCCGUAGCAGAAGAUACGAAUUUGGAGAAAAAUGCUGAUCCGAAAAUUUCAGAGAAGGCUCAACCCGAGAAGAAAAACGUAGAGACGGCUGGCUCUGGCUCUGAAAAGAAAAAAUUAGAGGGAGUGAAGGGAGAAGUCGUUAAGCAAGUAGAGGCUGAGCGGAAAAGUACAGCUAACGGAGAUGCUCAGCAGAACAAUGGCCUGACGAAGCGACAGCGGAAGAGGUUGAGGCAACUGGAGCAGUUAAAUAAUUUAGAGAAAGCAGAGAUGGAGGAUAAUGGCCUGAGCGGGCAACAGAAUUGGAUGUUGAAGAAAUUGGAACACAAUAAGCAAGCAGUGGAGGAGAUUGAAGUUAUAGUGAAAACAGAGACAAAAGUUACUGAGAAAGCAGAGACAAAGCAAAAGCUCUCAGAGAAAAUGGAGAUCGAUGGAACAGUGGAGAAAAAACUGGAGAAUGAACAAAGCAAGGGCAAGCGUAAGAAGAGCAAGAAAAGGAAGCGAGCAAACACAGAAAAAGGAGGAGAAUUGAAUAAAAUCACAGAAGAAGAGGGAGAAGGAAAGAAAAUCACACAGGAUGAGGUUGUGAAGAAAACCGCAGAGGAAGAGGGACAGACGAAGAAAAUCAAAGAUGAAGAGGGGGAAGGGAAGAAAAUCACACAGAAAGGAGUGAAGAAAACCACAGAGGAAGAGGGACAGACGAAGAAAAUCACAAAGAAAGUGGGAGAAGUAAAGAAAACCACACAGGGAUUAGGACAAGUGAAGACAAUGGAGAUUGAUGGAACAGUCGAGAAAAAACCAGAGAAUGAUCAAAGAGAGAGCAAGAAAAGGAAUGGAGCGAACAUAGAAAAAGAGGGACAAGUGAAGAAAACCAGACAGGAAGAGAUUGCAACGAAGAAGGAACAGAAACAAAGUGACGCCACACAAGUCAUAGAAAUGCUUGUGGACAGUCUCAGCAAAGAUGAGCUCUCAGAGGCUCUGAAAUUAGCAGCGCAGCAAAAUCCGGGUGUAUUACGUCACAUAAACCGCGUGGCAAGCCGAGAUCGGUCAAAGAGAACAAUAUAUGUUGGGAAUCUGAGUCAUGACACUAAUUCAAAUAUGCUAAGGAAGGUAUUCUCACGGUAUGGAAAAAUACGAGACGCUAGGGCCAUUUCAGAUAAACAGAGUGGCGAGUGUAAGGGUUAUGGCUUUGUCAUAUUUGCCACUAAAUCAAGUGCUUUAAAUGCACUGACGAAUCCCACAAAGGAAAUCAAUGGCCAACAGUCUCACUGCUCAGAAUUCCGAGACAAAAGUAGCAUCGACUCAGACUUUGUUAAUCCUGCCCUACAUGGUCCAGGAGGGGUUGUUAAUCCCACUAUGCUUGGCCCAGGAGGGUAUGGUAGUCCCACUGUGUUUGGUCCAAGAGUAAAUUCCACCUUUUCUGGCCAUCUCAAUCCUCACGCUGUGCUGGGCGGUUUUCAGUCUCAAAAUCAAUGGGGACAUCCAAAUCUACAAUAUGAAUACUCCGAUAGUCAAUACAAUGAAAUUGAGCGCGUGGAACGGUGUGGAUGCGGUUCCAUAUAUUGUGACCUUUAAUAUGAAGAUUUUCAACACAUCAAUUUUCUGCAUUCCCCCCUAAAUAAGGAUUAGUUGGCCUCAGUUUUUGGUUUUUGAACAGUGUAUAAUGGGAAUGAAAAUCUUCUGUUAUUUCAAAAUUAAUCAGCAAAUUUUAUUAGUUCAUUUAUUCUAAAAUGCAACAUAACUUCCUUUUUCUAGUAUCUCAUUCAGGUCCUUUGGUUUCGUGUUCUCUUGGUCAACAUAAACUUCCUUGUUCCUGCUGAUGUUCUCUUGUGAAUCAUUCGCUGUAGGGUUGACUUAUUCUGUACUUCAAGCUCUGGAUAUUCUGUAUUGUGUAAGAAUUAUGCUCUGCAGAAAUCUCAGGUCUUUGAAUUCUUUACUUUUUGGUGUACGUAUUGGACAUCUGAUCUGGCAUACUUUGACAACAUUGCAUGGAAAUGUAUACAUACGGAUAUGGCAAAAUCUUAAGCAACCUUGAUACUUAUAUGGCAUUAAUAAAUGUAUCUAAUGCAUCAAAAGACAUGGAACAUUAUCUUUA